GCCAAGGUAGGGCAGUGAGUCUACAGCCCGCCUCCCGCCGCGGAGCUGCUGGGUGAAGCCUUGGCUGUGCAGCCAGGGGUGCAGGGGGUUAGGGGCAAGCCUAGGAAGUCCAGGGCCCAGCGCUGUGUCGCUGUGUGCCCACCCCUCGUCUCCCGACACCUAGGCUGCUCGAGCCCAGAGUGGUUUUUUUUCCUUUUCCCUGCCACCUCUCUGCCCCUGGCCCAACAUGAUACUGACCAAAGCUCAGUACGACGAGAUAGCCCAGUGCCUAGUGUCUGUGCCGCCUACCAGGCAGAGCCUGAGGAAGCUGAAGCAGAGGUUCCCCAGUCAAUCGCAGGCCACUCUGCUGAGCAUCUUCUCCCAGGAGUACCAGAAACAUAUUAAGAGAACACAUGCCAAACAUCAUACUUCGGAAGCGAUUGAAAGUUAUUACCAGAGGUAUCUGAAUGGAGUGGGGGAAAAUGGAGCUGCCCCAGUGCUCCUGGAACUAGCCAAUGAGGUGGACUACGCACCCUCAUUAAUGGCUCGGAUUAUACUGGAAAGGUUUCUACAGGAGCACGAGGAAACUCCACCCUCCAAGUCUGUUAUAAAUAGUAUGCUACGGGACCCUUCUCAGAUUCCAGAUGGAGUUCUAGCAAAUCAGGUCUAUCAGUGCAUCGUGAACGACUGCUGUUAUGGACCACUGGUGGACUGCAUCAAACAUGCCAUUGGUCAUGAGCACGAAGUCCUGCUGAGAGACUUGCUUCUGGAGAAAAACUUGUCCUUCCUAGAUGAAGACCAGCUCCGUGCGAAGGGUUAUGACAAAACGCCAGACUUUAUUUUACAAGUACCAGUUGCUGUAGAAGGGCACAUAAUUCACUGGAUUGAAAGCAAAGCCUCAUUUGGUGAUGAAUGUAGCCACCACGCCUACCUGCAUGACCAGUUCUGGAGCUACUGGAAUAGGUUUGGGCCAGGCUUAGUCAUCUACUGGUACGGAUUUAUCCAGGAGCUGGACUGUAACCGGGAGAGAGGCAUCCUGCUCCAAGCCUGUUUCCCCACCGACAUCGUCACCUUGUGCCACAGCGUAGCCUGACCCCGAAGGUCCUGGAAGAGAUGCUGGGAGGAGAAGGUGAAUCCGGAAGCAAUUUUACUUUCCUGCCGCGUAAACUCCUGGCAACAUCUGCCCUGAACUUCAGCUGAACUCGAGCUGCCCGUGGUCACACCACUACCUCUUUAGACAAACAUAUCAAGAGUUUCUGUUUUCCUUCAUCCCUUGCUGAUGUGAACAGCCAAGAACUACAGGCACAGCCCACUCAUUAUCAGCAUUUCUGUCUCUGUCAAACAGUUAGUUUGUAGACAGUCAUAAUCUCUCUUCCUUCCGGUGGUUUCUCCUUGUAUACUGCACGAAAGAAAAAACGCGGAGACUGAAAGGUGUGAUUUUCCAAUUCUCCUCCCAGUUCCCAAAUCACCCUCUUAUUUCUUUUUUCCCCAAAGCCUCCAUUCAUUCUCUCUCCCUCCCCCUUUCGUUUCUCAUACAAGCACAGAUACCCAGGGUUGCAUUACCAGCAUGGAAUAAUCUAGCAUAGUCCUAGAAAGCUGAACUCGUGAAGGCUGAAGUUGGAGUUUUCGCUCUCACCUGCAAGGGCAGACCUCGCUGGGAGCCUGCAUUUGUUUGGUUCAGUCUUUAUGGUUUCCUGACUUCUGUGGCACUCAGCCAAGCUGAAAAAAUAUCCUUGAUGAGAAUUUCCUCUUUUUCUAAUACUUAUUUGAACACCAAACAUUUUCCCUUUAUCUCAUUUAAAAGCAUUAGUUACAUUGUAUCUGGAAACCACACUCCUUCGUUGAGUGGGGGGCUGAGGGGAGACGGCUGAAGCUCGGUGCCAGCAUUGACAAGAGUUUAUUUUUCAACAUGGCUGGUUGUCCGUAUGUAUGGUAGUCGGUAUUUUUAUGAGUAAAAUUUUUCAAAAGCACGUUCUGUACCCUGCUUUGUAUCUGUAUUUGAUACUGCAUAAUUACAUAACAAAUAAUUUAGGCAUUAGGAAUGUUUGGCUUUGAAUGGAUGAAGGGGAACCAAAAAGAAAUCUAGAGUGAUUUUCAAGUAAGCAAACUAAGGGAAGUUUUGUAUUUGUUCACUUUCAUUUAUUCACUUUUUCUGCCACAAACCAAAUUUCAAUCUAAAACAAAACAGCAACAAAUUUAUUAUAAAGCUAUCUUUUGGGAAGUGAAAAAUUAAUCCAUACCCAAAAAUGUCUUCAGUAAAAUAUUUGCACUCUUGUUGACAGAACAUAAUAAUAUCCUUUAUAAUGUUGAAUGGAUGAGUUUAGAAAUAUUAGUAAAACUGUUAACUUUUACAGACACCUUCAAGCUGCUGCCUUUCUUUUUGAAGGACACAAACAUGUCAGGUUCGAACGUGGAUUUUAACUCUAUUGUAGGUUACAUUAAACAAAAAAGAUGAAAUGGUAAGGAGGUAUCAGGCAAACUUCUGUUUCAGUGUAAAACUCAUCAUGCAGGUUUUGUGAGUAAAACAGAAUGAUUUGAAACCACUGCUGUUGCCUUGCUACCACACACACACACACACACAUAUUUUAGACAAAACUGGUUCAAAGCAGUUUUCAAGGCAUACUCUAAACUGCUUUUUCUUCUUUAAGAAUAAAUUACAUUUAUCUGCACAGAUGUUGAAACCCCUGUUAAACCCUUGUCAAGGAUUUGUUGUUUUACCAUAAACAAAUUUAUGAUGAAGGUGCACAAAUAAAUUUAAAAAAUAAAAGAGGUGCUUGCAUUUCAUAUUCGUUCUUCCACCUGAUGCCCUGACAUAACACAUGAGGACGAGGUACUGGUGUCCUCCAGCAAAGGCACCACCUCCUUAUCAAUGAGGUUUUAAAAUCUGGCCCUUAAAAGUGGGAAAGAAACCAGUAGUAAGCUGUACAUACUAUGAUAAAGUUACACAUUAUUCAAAACUAAGCUUUAUCCAGCAUAAAAACUAAUGUGAUUAUAAUAUCUACUACUUUUCAGUUGGAGCAGUGGGGAGAGGGGACUAGCAUUCCCAGACUGGAAGCCGAAAUCCUCCUUGCUCUGCUUUUAUGUAAGAAAUACUCAUGUGUGUUUUAUCUGUAUGCGUUAUAUGUUUACUUGUUUGUUUGUUUUUUUAAUUCAGACAAUAUAAACAUCAGCCCUGGAAAGUA